GGGAUGACGUAGAAAAGCGCGGUGCAUGCUGGGAGGCAAGAACGAAAGCUAUUGCGGAGGCCACAGGCUAGCCGCUGUCGCUGCUGCGUUGCGGUGAACAUGCACACACGAGCCGCGGACUCGUGCCCAGGUGAGUGACAGCAGCAGGAUGCCCCUCUCGCCACCGCAGCCCCCUGCCUUCACUCAGAGCCCGGAGGAGGUGAAAGGUUGCCCCGCCCUCCUGUCAGACCUCAGCCAAGGCACGGAUCACCCAUACUUCCGUCUGUACCAGUACCUCCACCAGGGGGCGCCACACAAAAAUGAUUGCACAGCUGGUCCCUUGUCGCCCCGCACACCACCUGGCCAUCGCCAUGAUGAUGGUCAAAGCUCCGCCCUGACCCCUUCUACAGGCUUGGAUACCACCCCACGUCCACCCCCAAAUCAGAGUCGACGUGGCCACGCCCCCUCUCCACCCUCCGCCAACAACCGAGAUAAGCCUCUUCCACCGGCUCCUCCCACCAAAGCCAUACCAACUUCUCUGGCCCCUCCCACCUACAGCCGGGAGGCAGACCAUCUGCAGCAACACGCCUCCCUCAGCAACAAGAGGGCUGCCCCUUUGCCAGGAGGCCACACCCACAACAGAGGUCCAGCCCCACCCCCUCCUCCCACCUCACCUGCCCACAGGCUGACGCCCCCUUCAGCCACCAGAGAGGCUCCGCCCCCUCCUCUGUACAGGACGUCAGGUAGCCCUUCUCUCUCAUCUGACCUCCCGGCCAGGGGUAAACCUCCUCCCCCGCCACCCCCUUCUCUCCGUCAUGGGCACGCCUCCUCCAUCAUUCCGUCAUUGUGUGAUGACUUUGAGUCCAAAUAUUUGUUUCACCCACUGGAUGAUUUCCCUCCUCCGGAUGAGUAUCGACACUUUGCCAAGAUCUACCCCAGCAAGGCCUACUCAGCCAUGCGGGGGGCACCCCCACUACCCCCAGUGGGCAGGUGAACAACUGCACUGCACUUUGAGGAUUUCAUUGACUCCGCCCUCCCCCACGUGAACCACUAUUGGAGGGAAGCCGAGAAGAGAGGCCACCAAUUGGACGAGAAGAGUUGCUGAUUGGACAAGACAGUCCCCCAUUUUCUUCCUUCUCUUUGGUCACCAUACUUUUACUUCGGGUCGAGCCAUUGCCAACGACCAGUUCUCACAUUACGGCUCGGAUUUGCAUUUUUAGCACACUUAGUGCGCUAACUAGGCUAACUUCUAGUGCUAACAUCGUUCCGUCACUAGGCUAAUGUCAUCUUGAUAGGCUCACGUUUCCCCACGAGGCUGACAUAUUCAUGUCACCUCGCUUGUUUAGCUAACAUUGUCUAAUUAAAAUCGCGUCAAUAGGCUAUUGUGGUCAGGCUCGGUGCUACCCUGGGGCGAGGGUCUGCUAUAGCCCCGUCAAAACUCUGGUUAGCCUCAGUCAAGUCGUCUGCUGUUUUAUUUUACAUUUUAAAAUAUUUUCUAUUUAUUGACAAACAAGUCAUUCACAAGUAGCGAGCCAUUGUGUUCCAAUCCAAUUCCUGCUUCCAUGCUUGUGCUGCACCUGUACCCUCUGUGUGUUUGGGAGGGAAGGUGUGCCAAAUUAGUUUGAAGCUUUUAUUAUUGCCCGGUUGGCCACUCGUGUUACCCUUAACUAUUUUGUUGAAUGUUGUUUGGGCAAAUUCUGUUCAAAACGUGUUCAUGUAUAGCAUGCUUGUGCUGUUUAUCAUCCGAUCGUUGCAAAACAAGAACCUCAGAAAUAAGACUGAAGUGAUGAAAAUUAAUGCCCCCCACCCACUCCAAAGACCAUAGAAAAGAAAACAUCUUGGUGCCAUGCCUGAAUGUGGUUACAUCGCGAGGCUUACAUUGUCACUGCUCGAAGUAACCCAGUUAGGCUAACAUGUUGACAUUGCCCAGGUUAACAUAGUUGCAUGCGAGGCUAAAGUCAAUGAGCUAAGCCAAUGCCAUCAGAUCACUAGGCAAAAUAAGUGUAGAACAUGGUAACGAGGCUAAUUUUCAUACCACUAACGUCAUGUUGCUAUGCUAACAUUGGUAGGCUAAACAUAGUCAUGUUAUGAACCUAGCGUCGCCUCACUAGGCUAAUAUCCCACCAAUAAGCUAUUGCAGUUGCAUGGCUAGGCUUAUGUCAUGUUGCUAGACUAAUGUUUGUGGUUACUUUGCAACGCUAACAUUAUAACACCGUUAGUACAGUGGUGCUUUGACAUUAGGAGUUGAAUUCGUUCUGUGACCCAUACCUCAAAUCAUCUUUCCCCACUGAAUUAAAUGAAACAAAAAAUGGUCACAUUGCUAGGUUAACAUGGUUGAGUCGAUAGCUAGGCUAUGGUUAUCACAUCACUUGGCUUGUCACAUUGAUUGGAUAACAUCGAUGCGGUAGAGUAUUUUGGCUAACGUGGUGAUGUAACUUCCUGAAACAAUUUCAGUACGUUUGGACAGGAAGUGGCGAAUUGUUGUCUUUGAUUACUCGUCCUUGCUACGUUUGUUUUAUUUGUGGCAUGGGUUUUUUUUGCCAAACUGUGAAAGGUCAUCUUCCUGAGUGUGCUUUUAUUAUGAAAGGUAUGAAUGUGUAGGGUCAUUUUCUGUGGCAGUAGUCAUGUGGUAUGUCAACUUGUACUUAUAAGCUUUGCUAUAAUCAUGGUCAUAAUAAUAGCAGUAAUUAGUCACUCAGAGGCUUCAAUCUUCACGCACGAAUAAAUAAACAAAAGUGUAUUUGCUGUAGUUUACAUUGGUAACGAUCAUUAAUUAACUUCCUGUUUCAUCUUUCAAAUCAAGCUAAAUCAAUAAACAUGUUUCAUUACACAAGA